GAGGAGGCAGAUUAAACAUUUGAAAUCCUAAAUUUGAUGAUGACAUUGGAGCUGCCAAAGGUAGUCUGUGCAGUCACACGAUGGGGAAGAAGAAGCAGCCGUGCACAUGACUGAAUGUAGGUGGAAGUUACGUGCACUGGGUGCGUCGCUGUCUCUUCAUUCCUUUACACUCCUGUAAGUGUGUGUGCGUGUGUGUUUGUCGCAGGGGAAGAGCUUGCAGCUAGUAUAACAAGUUUGUUUUGCGUAAUGGGGAAAUUACUAGAAGAAGUCUCUCAUUGUAAUGGCAUUACAACAAUGACUUCCCUGCUCUCAUUAUUGGACUUUGCUGGGGAAACAGGAAUUUCAUCCCGUAUGCAUCAGUGAUCAUUAAAGGAGAUUAUGCUUUGGUGUAAGAUUCCUUACCAGCAAUUUUUGGGACCUUGAAUCAUCCGUCUAACCUCAAAAUAAUCAUAGUCUGUUUUUUAAGUCUGUCAUUUUAAGACAUGAAGAGCUGGUCUCUCACUGGACAAAAUAGCCAUAUUUUCGUUUUGUUUUAAUGAAUUUAAUCUGACAUGCAGUCAAAGGUGGACGUUCUUCUUUCGGCACAGACGUAAACACCACCUGACAGGUGAGAAACAAAGGAAGUCACUCUCCUUGAGUGUUUUUAUCAUGUAGACAGAGACAGACAGCGGGAAAAAGUAAAGUGACAAGGCGCUAGAUGAGGAGAUCCCUCACAGUCACACAGGUCACGAUGCCAGACGAGUCACGAGGUUUUCCGGAGAAGGGGAGCAGCGGAGAAGAAGCACCACAGGGGGCCUUAGUGCCGGACAUUGUGGUGAAGUCUAGUGAUGGAGAGGGGAAAAACCACGGGGGUAAUAUCAUGGAGCUGGACGACUUCAGUAAAACAAAAGACGGAUUAAGCAGUGACACUUUGAAAGGAAAUGACGGCACAUUUAAUAAAAGCAAUCCUCCUGUUUCCGUGGAGGUCGGUGUGGCUAAAACAGUGCAGGCCCCUGACCCUCUGGAGUCUUUGAAGAAGGGAACAAGUGUGCCAACAACAGAUCACGCUAACCUGGUCAACUCUGAUAGGCUACAAGCCCUAGAAAACGGCCCAAAAUCCAGCUUUGGCGAAGAGAUAUCAGAGCUCGAUGGAUUUGAAAAGACAAAUGAAAUCUCCCCUGUACAUUUCUCAGCUCACGGUUUAGAAAACAGCAGAAAUAGUCCGGAUGAUGAGAGGGGCGAUUCUAAAACGGACUCUCUGAGUGGCAGUUCACCCACAGAUGUCGCGUCCAAACUCCCCCGGGACAGCAUCGAUGUCAGGUGGGACGACGAAAACGAAGGCGAGGACGGAAAAGAAGACAAGAAAAGCACCCGGUCCAGGCAGAGUGUGAAGGAGGGGGUGUGUUGCUGCUACCAGGCGUUUCACAAGGCCUUUCUGCAGUGUGUGGAGGAGACCCCCGCCAUGCUGAUCGGACUGUUGCUGUCUUUGGUUUUCUGUGUGGUCCUCAUCAUCUUGAUCCCCAGCACGAGAAGGAACAUCCAUGUUCACGCUGGUGCGCUGUCAGUGCUGUGUGUGGUUCUCUGUCUGAGCUUCUUCCUGCUCGUCUGCCUGCCCUGGCUGGCCACGGUGAGGCGCUGCGGGGGGGCUCUGGCCCUCUUCGUCUGGGGGACGCUGUACGUCGUCGCCAUAGUCUUCAUCUUCACUGGAGGACCCGUCACUACGUGGGAACAGGUGGCGUUUUUCCUCUUCCUCUCUCUGAGUGUGUACACGGUGCUGCCUCUCUCCAUGGCCUGGGCCCUCAUGGUUGGGAUCGGGACGAGCGUCUCGCACAUCAUCAUCAUCAGCGUCUACGUCCCCGUCAAGAGCCCAGAGACACCGGACCUGGCUGUGCAGCUGGUGGCGAAUGCUUUUCUGUUUGUGUGUGUGAACUGCGUUGGGAUUUUCCAUCUGUGGAUGACCGAGCGGGAUCUCAGGAAAUCCAAUCAGAAGAGAGAGGAGUUCAGCAUCAUACGCACCCGGAAGGAAAUCAGGAAAUAUCAGCAGGAGAAGCUCCUCCUGUCAGUGUUGCCACGGUACAUCGCCAUGGAGCUGAAGACGGAGGUGAUAAAGAAGCUGUUCAAGCCCGAGAAGGAAAAGAAUAAUGAAACCAACCCUCACAACUUCUACAGCCUCUACGUACGGAAGCACAGAGACGUCAGCAUCCUGUACGCAGACAUAGUGGGCUUCACAAAGCUGGCGAGUUCCUGCUCACCUGAGGAGCUGGUGGCUGUUCUCAACAAACUCUUUGGUAGAUUUGAUGAAAUUGCGAAGAAGAAUGGGUGUCUCCGCAUUAAGAUCCUGGGUGACUGCUACUACUGUGUGUCCGGUCUCCCUGAUCCCAUCCCAACCCACGCCAAGAACUGCGUUAAGAUGGGGCUGGACAUGUGCUCCGGCAUCAGUCUCCUGCGAGAGGCGACCGGGGUGGACAUCAGUAUGCGGGUCGGCGUCCACACAGGCAACGUGCUCUGUGGUGUGAUCGGCCUGCAGAAGUGGCAGUACGACGUGUGGUCACAUGACGUGACGUUAGCCAAUCACAUGGAGUCUGGAGGUCUUCCUGGGCGAGUCCACAUCACAGAGGAGACGCUGCAGCACUUGGAUGGAGCGUAUGAAGUGGAGGAGGGAGACGGGGGGAAUCGGGAUCCCCUGCUUAAAGGGAGGAAAACCUACCUAGUGAUCGACCCCAAGGCACAAAGCUUUUCCAGGACAUAUACACGGGGGAACCAUCUCACAUCGGGAGAGACGAGGCAGCGGGCGUCCAUCCGGAUGUCUCAGUACAUGCAGUCCUGGAGGACCAUCCACCCCUUCGCAGACCUCAGCAACCCUGAUGCCAGCCCCUCUCAGCGGCCAAUCACCACCCCCAAUAACACCCUGAACCAAUCACAUUACUCUUCAGAAAGACAACCUUACCAGAGCAACACCUUGCUGGUGGAUAACGGUAUGAGGGGAUCACUGGACACGAUAGAUAAUGCAGGGAGGAGAUUAAAGAAGCUCAACUGUUUCACCCUGCUCUUCAACGACCUGAGCCUGGAGAAAAAGUUCCGCGUCUCAGAGGUCAAAGGUUUACACCACUCCAUCAGCUGCACGGCCGCCAUCUUCGUUACCGUCUUCGCCGUCCAGAUACUCGUCUCUAAGAACAACUUUGAGAUGGCAGUAUCGUACGGCGUGACGUUCCCUGUGUUGGUGCUGAUUCUGUCCAUCGCUUUCACCGGGUACCUGGAGAAGUGGCGUUCGAAGAUGCCGCUGGGUGUUCAGUGGAUAUCCGGUCUGUCCCGCAGCGUCUCCAGCCGGGCAGCGCUGCGACUCUUCGUGGUCAUCCUCUGUUUGCUCAUCACGCUGCUGAUGGCCUUCCUCAACUUAAUCUUCAUCCCGGGAGACGGCUGCACAUCCAUCACCAACAGGACGGAGAUGGAGGGUCUCCAACUCUACUCUCUGCCUUAUUACCUGUACUGCUGCUUGCUGGCCAUGCUGGGAGUGAUCGUGUUCGUCCGGACGUGCUUUUCUGUGAAGGCGCUGCUGCUCACGCUGGCGGUGGUGGUUUACCUGGCGCUCUUCCUCGACGUCUACGCCCCGAGGUCACAGUGCCUCAUCGACAUGCUCUACAACGACACCAAGCCGGGAGUCUUGAAGGACCCUCAGAUCAUGUCCGGGGUUUGGCUGGUCAUCUUUUACUUAGUGUGCCUCCGCCUGGCCAGACAGGACGAGAUGGGUUGCCGGGUAGACUUCCUGCUGGACCACUGCUUCAAGAUGGAGAGGGAGGAGAUGGAGACGAUGGAGAACGUCAACAAGCUGCUCCUUCAGAACGUGCUGCCGCUCCACGUCGCCUCCUACUUCAUCGGCAAAAAUAUCCGCAACCAGGACCUGUACAGUCAGUCCUACGACUGUGUGUGUGUGAUGUUCGCCUCGGUGCCUCAGUUUAAAGAGUUCUACAGCGAGAGCAGCGCCAACCAGGACGGGCUGGAAUGUCUGCGCUUCCUCAACGAGAUCAUAUCGGACUUUGAUGAUCUUCUCUCUAAGCCCAAAUUCUGCUCAGUGGAGAAGAUAAAGACCAUCGGCAGUACGUACAUGGCUGCUGCUGGGCUGAGACACGCUCCGCAGAGGGAGGAGGAAAAGAAAGUGGAGAUGUCCUACAGCCAUGUGCGCACCAUGGUGGAGUUUGCCAUCGCUCUGAUGAACAAACUGGAGGUCAUCAACACACACUCUUUCAACAGCUUCAAACUAAGGAUCGGGAUAAACCACGGUCCAGUGAUCGCUGGAGUGAUCGGAGCUCAUAAACCUCAGUACGACAUCUGGGGGAACUCGGUGAACGUGGCCAGCAGGAUGGACAGCACAGGAGUUCUGGACAAGAUACAGGUGACGGAGGAGACGGCCCAGAUGGUGGAGAGCGUGGGAUACACCGUCACUCUCAGAGGCGUCGUCAACGUCAAGGGCAAAGGGGAACUCACCACCUACUUCAUCAACAAGGAACAUUUAGUCCCUCAGUACUGAGCUCCACCGUCGAUGUGCUACACAGACUAAUCACUCAGACCUGGAGUCCAAACAUUAGCAGCUAAUGUUUGUCUUAAUGAACCAUAUGACCCCACCUGUGAUCAUCACAAACUCCGCUCUGACUUUAAGGAGCUGCCUUCGUCUUCUGGAUGAGAGACAAAAUACAAUCCGGACCGAGUAAAUGAAGAACUGGAAACUGAAAGCUUUCUCCUCAGGGACCACAUCACGUUGUUUACACUGUAUUAUUCUGAGAACAUACAACCUGAAAUUAUUCUUUUGGUACAUUUAACAUCGCUGAAUUACAUGCACUGUCCAAUGGUGUUCAUGUACCUUUAAUUUUUGGGGAUAAAAAGGUUACAGAUGUUGUAUGAAGGAUAUUAUAGAGGUAGCUUAUACCUCAAAUAAGCUAAAAUAAUAAUAUCUAUAUCAAUAUUCUUGCCAUUUACAUUGUUUUAUUUGACUUAUUUACACUUUAUUCACUCCAUUGUGGUUUUACUGAGUUACAAAAGAGCAUUUAUGUUUGAACAAUGUUACAGAAGAGUCUUUAGGAAAAAUUGGGUAAAAAAAUAGAUAUGUGACACUGAUUGGUGUUUCCACAGGUUCCCAACCCUCCAAAACGGUGGGUAAAGAGAAUAUUCACAGCAUAAGAAGAAGGAAAAACACACAGCAUGUACUGUAUCACGUGUUCUCUAAUCGUAGAUGCUUUUAUUGUGAAAUCCUGGAUGGUUUUAUGAAUGAAAUCUGACUGCUCUCGCACCCCACAAACGUCCACAAGUACACAUUGUUUACAGAAGGUGUCACAAUCCAUAUAAAGUAAGGAGUACGAUCGCUCACUGCUGGAGACGGAGAGCUGUGCGGGAACCACGUUGAUUUAAGAUUAACAUAAAGAUUAGUGUGCCAUGAAAAGUCUGAUAAAGCACAUUUGAUAUUGCACUUUUACGUUCUAUGUUGUUCUACAUGUUGUAGUUCUGCAUUACAAUCCAAUUGUUUCUUGAA